UUUGAUCCCCCACUUUUGCCUUUAUUUUUUUAUUUUUUUAUUUUUUUAUUUUUUCCUCCCAAAGUUUAGAUUUCAGUUUCCUCACAUUCCUCUCCAAUAAGUCUCUCCCCUCCCCCCACUUUUUGUCCCCCACCCCCCUCUCUCUCUCCAUCUUUUGAUCAUUUGGGUACCCUUCUCCUCUUGCAACUUUACAGAAUUUUAUUUUAAAGUUAAUGGAAUGAGAUUCCUGUGGAAUGGGGAUUGUGGAGGAGUUUUAAAGGAGAUAACUUUUGUGGUUGUGGAAUGAGAAUGAUGAUGAUGAUGAUGAUGGUGAGGGGAGGGGAUCUGAAUCUGAAUUGCUCGCCGCAAUCGUUCGAGGAUUCGAUCUGGGAGGGAUUGAAGCAAGCAAUGCUUCAGCAUGAGCUCAUUUUCAGGGAUCAGGUUCGAGAGCUCCAUAGAUUGUAUUGGACCCAGAAGAAUCUAAUGCAUGAGCUUUUAUGGAAAGGAUCUGAUCUGCAAACCCACUCACUGAUGGUGAGAAAUGUGAGUUUGGCGAAGACGCAAAGCAAAGAAGAUGAUUUCAGGGAGCUAACAAGCAAUUCCUGCGAACUUCAGAAGCGACCGGCGAGAGAUUUCGAUCUCGAGCUCCCUGCUGAUGGUUUUGUUUCAGAUGAAAGCUUCGAAGUAAAAAGUUCUGUUUGUGAUGAGACUGGUUUUAAUACGAGAGAGGCCGGAGAUCAUCAUAGUGGAAUUAAUUUGAAUGCGCGUGGUACGGUUGAGGAAGAUCCUUCAUUGGUGAGGAGUAAUGAGGCAGAAAUUGGAGGAGUGUGGAGUGAGUCCAAUGCCGAUCUUCGUGAGCCGCGGGAGAAGGGAAAAGAACAAACCCUCAGCGCUGGAUCAAAUGCAUGCAGCGAUUCUCCACCUAGUCAAUCUGAUGAGAAACAAAAGCUGCAGAUUGACCUUAACAUAUCUCUAGAUGAUGAUGCAAUGUAUAUUUUGCCUGAUCAUAGUCAAAUGUUUCCUUCCCCUUCUACAAGUUCAUCUGUUGUCCAUCAUGGGAAUCUCCACAAAGACCCAAGUGAAAUAUGCCGAGAAUAUUGUGAAUCAGAUAAUAGAUUCUCUAAGGAAUUCUGCACAGCAGUUCAGCCGAAUCUCGUGUUUCCUGCUUUGGAAAUUUCGGGGGAAAUGGCUGCUAAUGGCCCAAUUCGCCAUCCUCAUGAUUCACAUAUGCCUGUAGAUAGUGAGAGUGGUAGGCAGUUGUCGACUGUAACAUUUAGCAAUAACAGUAAGGAUGAUAAGUUACAUACAUCAGUUGGGAGUAGUGAUUUACCACCUUCUGUAGAUGGGGAUUUGGGAGAAAAACGAACACACAAUGAUGGAAGUGAAGAAGAUACUGUAUCAAGCCAUGCCGUAGCUGAGAGUGAGAAGCUUUACGAUAAGGUGGCGAUAGAUCAUGUGGUUACAAGGGCAGCUGAGACACUUUUGUCCUUUUCUUUUGUGAAUCCAACGUGUUUAAUGGAUUGCUUAGACAGGAACAUAGACGUAGCCAUUGCGGAAACGAGUUAUCUGCCUCAGUAUUCCUCAGAUUCUUUUGAGAGAAUCAUCUUGAAUCUUGAAGAGAUCGCAGAUGAUGGACUCUCGGCUCCUGCAAUAACAAAUAACAAGGAAAAUGUUUGUGGGAUUAAGCUGAGGAGAGGAAGGGGACUACGAGAUUUUCAGAAGGAUAUAUUGCCAGGUCUUGUUUCCCUCUCGAGGCAUGAGAUUUGUGAGGAUUUGCACACUAUAGGGUAUGAGCUCAGGAAGAACAGGUCUAAGAGGACUUGCAGGGAGAGACGGCCAUACCCUACUAUAGGCAGGCAUUUGAGGAAUCAUUCGGGUCGCAGGAGGCCCUGAGAAUUUCAUCGGCUUCAGUCUUUCAUUCCUGUUAGUUUACAUCGAGAAUGUAUGGGCUGAUGUUUGACGAAGCUGUCUCUGGCUAGUUUUGUGAAUAUAUAUAUAUAUAUAUAUAUAAAUAUGUAUUAGCAGCAAGUACAGUUGGAGAGAAUUGAGUUUAUGAUCUGACCAUUUUGUUGGAACUAAGUUUAUUCAGCGUUUUGUAAUCA